CCUCAAGCGGCGCACGCAGAGGCAAGGCCCACCAACUCGCCAACAUGUCGGCCGGCCCACCGGUGCUCUCAGCACCUGUACAUAUUGCCUCUAUGUCAGCCUCGUCGUCAUCGUCUGCGCCGCCCUUUUCUGCAGAGCAGCGCCACCUUUCGGCGACACCUUCGUCUUCGGCAUGUGCGCCGAGACAGGUUGCUGAUGGAUUUGCCGUUGGGUCUGCCGUCAAGCUCGGGUCCAACGGGUCCAUCAGGAGGUCAAAGGGGCUGGCGGUUUACGUCGCUUCAGGCGAAGGAGUCGUGCUUAUUGAUCCUUCUUCGCAAACACCCAAGGCUUCGUAUGCCAUCUCACCGUCCCUGCAACCUCUGACUCCGCCGCUGGUCGUCAUGGGCCCUUCCUCGCGGUCGACCUUCAUCGUGGUUGCGUCGCGGCAUGAUGCUGCGAAGGCCGAGCUACAUGCAUGGGUCGAGAGCAAGCAGAGCGCAGUCACCGCAAACGGCCGCACAGCAUCUACCUCAUCGCUCGGGACAACGACCCGAAAACACACCUGCGAAGUUGAUAGCGACAUCUUCUCGUUGCACGCGCUGGCUAGCGGAGAGGUUCUGGCGAGCCAUGAUGAUGGAAACUACUCUAUUAUCUCGCCAAGCACCGGCAGCGGCGAAACCGUGACAUACAGUGUAUCGAGGCUGUCACCUUCGAGCAGCGAGAGUCUCCAUACGCAUCACAUCAGCGUUCAUGAUCGAGGUGCGGCGGGCUCGCUUCUUAGACCGCUUAUCACUGGAUCAACAAAGGACGUGGUGGGCGUUGUUGUGCAUUUCUUCUCGAAACGAGCACGAGUGUCCGGAGCAGGAGGAGGCAAGACUCAGAAGAAAAAGAAGGAGAAGGGCAAGCGAAUGUCUGCGAUGGAAGUGAUUGACGCAGCCGAAGAUGGGCACUCCACUUCGACAUCGAUGGGCGAAGGUCAUAUUACGAUGAGGGUUCGAGUUAUCAGGGCAGCGGCGCCAGGCGUUGUGACCAGCGGAGAGCGCAGUGAUGUCUCAGUCGAGAAGCAGGUUCAAGAUGCUUUCGGCAUCGAAGAUGCUGGCCAAGUCGUCGACCUGGCUUUCCACCAUCAUGGUCGCGCUGUUGCGCUAACGCGCGAUGGUGUAGCAAAGAUGACAAUAUUCUCGACGACGGUUAACAAGGACAUUGGUUCUACCCCUGCAAGUGCCCUUCAGCUGCCGGCCCUUUCGAAAGCCUCAUCGCAUUCGGCCUCGCUCCAGCUCCUUACGGCUACUUAUCUCCUCGUUGUAGCCUCUCUCUCAGCUCCGCCCACGCCACCGGCUCACCUGCUCCCAAAGGCCUCUGAUGCUGUCUCGUUGCUCAUUGACGUCGAUCUGUCCGCUGUCCUAUCGGAGCAGGUGAUUGAUGUGUCUCUCGAGCAGAAUGCCGAAGCUCCGGCAAGCCAUUUCUGCUCACGGAUCGGUGGAUCAUUGGCCUUGGUUGGCUCGGCACCCUCGAAAAAGCUUGAAAAUCGAUCUCGAAAAGGUGUCUCGCUGUGGACGCUUCCCUUUGAGGUGCCGGAAGGUGGAUCGCAGCUCCUCUGGGCCAUGGGAAAGAGCGAUCUCACGCGCGAGUGGACGACCGAAAGUGCGUCAGUAGCGCCUGCGGCAGACCAAAGCGCGGAGAAGGACGCCAAGACGACCCUGGUGGAGCAGCUGAGGGUUCUAUCAAAAGAGAAGGGGUCAGGCGAGAAGAUGGACGAGACCUACUCUGCCUGGUGGAAGACCCAGCACGGGCUAGCGAAAAGAGAAGCGACAUUCACGCACAUGUUUGUGUCUGAAAUCCUCGCCUCGACAUUACCACCUGCGUCGGCUUCGUCCACAGCGCCUUUCGGCAAGAGGACCGUGCAUCACCUCCUCUCGUCGGGCGCCGUCAGCAAGAGCAUGUACCCCGACCUGGUCGCGAGCCUCGAGGCGCAGAAUGACUGGGCUGCGCUCCUCAGCGCGAUGGCGAAUGUCAGCGACAUUGGCGAAUACGAGUGCGCCCGUCUGCUCGCCCGAGCCCUUCACGAAGAUUCGACGCCCGGGUUGGAGAAGGUCCUGGCUGUCAUUGUACGGGUGCCUUUCUCGAGGCCGGUCUUCAGGCGAGCUUUGAGGGAUGAGAUCCACACGCAAGAAGAAGUCUCUGCUCUUCUCGACCAAUGCUGUCGAUGGCUGUCUCUCCUCACCUCUCACGACUCUUCUAUCCUUGGCGGUGCAGCGAAGGAGAAGGUGCCCGAGCUUGAAGAUGUUCUGCUCUUUUUGACAGAUCUUUUCGACGCCCACUUUCCUUUACUUCUCUCCACGCCCUCGCUAGCUGGUGCCCUAGCACAGGUCAAAGUCGCCAUCGAUGAUCAUCUAAGCUGGGUCGACGUCGUGGGGCCUCUUCGCGGACCUCUAGGCGCGUUCGCAAAGCUGGAAGACGAUCAAACGAAGCGCACAGAGCUUCUCGAGAGCCGCAAGCGGGUCAGUGGGAACAGGUCGAAGAAGACGUGGAACUCGGGCAUGGAUCAAGGCAAGGAGGCAAGGAUCUCAAAGAGGGUGCAAGGCUCCAUCAAUGGACCUAAAGUCGGCAUCAGCGAGACGGGCGGUGGACUGGGCGUCAUUAGGAGAUCCGGAGAGGGAGAUGGCGGAGAAGGUGGAAAGAGCGCCAGGAUACAACGGAUCGAAGCAAGCGCUCUCAUGGGCCCUUAUGUCCGGGAGAAGUUCUAUUUGUAACGAGGCUUCUGCUUGCCAACAUGGAUGAACGAUUAAUUUCAAGAGUGCGAACGAAUGUGAGCGUGACCGAAAGCAUGAAAGAUGCAGGAAUAACC